AAAAAAGUUAUGAUACUUCUCCCUGUCAGCCAGUUCAAUUGAGGUCGCCGAGUAGCUGAGUACCGCCAUGGAAAAGACUCCUACUGAGAUCGAGGCUAGUAUAGCUUCAUCGGAAGUGGCUGGUCCUACAAUUGCCGUAGUUCAGCCCCGCCUACGCCAAAAUUUAUCCGUCAUUUUGGCGUCAAUAGGGAAGAACGAAAAAGGCAAUACAAAUUUGGUGUCAAGAAUACAAACGAAGAUGUCAUAAAACAGGGACACUGUCAUCGCAUGUAACAAAGUCCUUGGACACUGUCAAGAAAUGAGUUUAUUGCUUGAACCUGACUUUGACACAACAACGGUUGAAAAACUGAAGGAAGAAGCAUUAGUCGUGCAAUUUGCCGGGGAUUUAGGACCAAGACCGUAUUAUCGAUUCAUUCAAACAAACGAAUAAAAAGUCAAGUGAUAACUUCGAUAUCUGAAAAAACUUACGAGAAUGAAGACUUUGGUAAUUCUUCUCAUCGCAUGCAUAGUAACUCAAACAAGAGCUCUUCAAGAAAUCGACAACACAAUUGCUGAGAAUUCCGGCAAGCAGAAGUUCGUCAUUGGUGGAUAUUUUGGCGUUCACAGGAGAGGAGAAACGACUCCAUGCGGAGAGUUUGACGAAGAAUCAGGCAUUUAUCUCGUUGAGGCCAUGAGGUAUGCGCUCAAACGAGUCAACGCAGAUCCGUCGAAGCUUUAUAAUGUUACCAUUGGAUACCGGAUCGUCGACACUUGCAGUAACAUGAAAUUAUUGAGAAAUGAUAUAAGUAGCAUGAUUUUAGCUGCAAGACUGGUGGGUGUGGUCGGCCCUGCAUCGUCCGAUGAGGCAGUCUUGGCAUCAUCAGCUUUCGGUAUCUUUGGUAAGCGCCUGAUAAGCUACUCAGCAACCGCCAUAGAUCUCAUUGAUCGCGAAAAGUACUUUAACUUUUACCGCACGGUGCCAUCUGAUGAUAUGCAAGUGUUGGCCAUAAAGGAUAUUCUCCUUCACUUCCAAUGGCGGUAUAUAUCCACAGUCAAUUCAUAUGGGGACUAUGGCCAGCAAGGCAUUAACUAUCUUGUGCGACUGCUAGCACCUUCCGGAGUCUGCAUUGCAACCAGGAAUGGUUUACCAAAAACCCCGAACAGUUCGGAUUAUGAUAUCGUCAUCAAAAGCCUGAAGAAAGACAAAAAUGCCAAAGUGGUUGUGUUGUUCACAACUGCAGAAGAUACAAAUGGGAUAUUCCAAGCUGCGAAAAGACGGAACGUCUCUUUUGUUUGGCUUUCAAGUUCGGCAUGGUCGGCCGACUAUGAGACGAUAAAGGGUGUCGAAAACAUCGCAAAGGGGUCAGUUUUACUGAAUUAUGCAGGCAUUAACAACAAGGAAUUUCUGAGGUACUUCAAGGCUUUGAAACUAAAGGAUAACGAUUAUAAAUGGUUUGCAGAUUUCUGGGAAGAUAACUUCAAUUGCACAAGGAAUACUACUGCGAAACCAACCAGGAAGCAAUGCAGUGGCAAUGAGAGUAUUGUGGAAAGCAAAUUUUACGGGCAGUAUGCAGCUGCACAGGCCGUUAUUGAUGCGGUCAACGUUUACGCGUAUGCGUUGCGGUGCACGUUCAGAUAUUUCUGCUCUGCAAUAGGUAUUAACAAAACGCAAUGUGCCUUGAGUAUCAGCAACCGCAAUCUUGGUAACGGUAUGCAGUUUUACAUAAGGAACUGGUCCCGUUACUGCAAGGAUGUGUUCGGAAGAGUCCCCUUCGAUUCAAAUGGAUCAUACUACCGUGAUAUUGAGAUUCUUAACUUUGAUGGUAAGAGCUACAGCUCUGUUGGCCUAUGGAAAUUGAACGUAACCAACCAAGAAUCCAGUCUUGAGAUUUCCAAUCAUCUGGUCAAAUGGAACGAUGGUGGCAGAGAUCCUCCAGAUUCCGUUUGCUCAAAGCCAUGCAAAGCUGGGUACAGGAAGGUACAAAGUAAGACCAAAGAAUGCUGUUUUACAUGUCAUGCUUGCAACGGCGAUGAGAUUCUUGUCAACAACACAUGCAUCAAGUGUGCAAAAUUCCAGCUCCCUAACCAAAACGUAACAACCUGCACCAAACUUGCCAAGCUGCGAGUGAAACUCUCUAAUCACCUGAGUAUAAUUGUAGUCGUAGAAUCUACCGUUGGAAUCAUUUUAAACACUUUAGUAUUAUUUCUUUUUAUAAAACACAGAGAGUCAAAGGUGGUCAAAUCGUCAAGUAGAGAACUGUCAUUUUUCAUGCUGGCUGGACUCUACCUCUGUUUCAUAUCGCCAUGUACUUUCCUGCUGCAGCCAACAUUGGUUCGUUGUGGACUUCGGCGAUUUAUUUUUGGCCUAAGUCUGACGGCAUGCUACACGCCUCUCAUGCUGAAAACCAACCGAAUUUACAGAAUAUUCAAAGCUGCGCGGAACAUGGGUUCCAUGCCUUAUUUGGUCAGUGCAGCAUCGCAGAUCUGGAUAUGCUUUGGGUUGUUGGCAAUUCAACUGCUCUUGUCAGUAAUGUGGGUUGUAGGUGAUCCCCCUGUAGUCAAUCACGUGCUAGUCUCAGAGUACAAAAUGGUGGCUGAUUUGUGUGGCGCAGAUAUAUUCACGAUUGCUAUCAACCUCGUUCCAUGUUUUUGUAUGUUGGCAGUGAGCACUGUAUACGCCUUCAAAUCUCGCAAGUUUCCAAAGAAUUACAACGAAGCUUUCAAUAUUGGCGCCACCAUGUAUGUAAGCUGUGUUUUAUGGGCCAUUUUUAUCCCGCUUCUAUUACUUCUGAAGGUCGAAAACACUAAUCCUUUUUCUGAUAUUUUCUUGAUCGCUAAUUUCACGAACGUAAUAGGCCUGGUUUCUCUUGCCGGCUUGUUUGGUCCAAAAGUUUAUCGUCUGUUUACCAAAAAGGCGAACAAGGCCUGCGAAGAGAGAUAUUCUUCUACCUACAAUAAAACCAACAGUGUGAACAACAGUCUUGAAAACAGCAUCGACAUGAUCGUAAUGACAAAAACAGAGGAGGACAAGAAAGUACUGCAGCCUCCAAAGAAGACCCUUAUACCUUCAACAGAGAGGUAUGCACUCAAUGACAAGCUAAAGGCUAUGCGAAGAAGGUGUUUUUCAGUUUAGGAAACCUUAUCUGCAUCCAAUGUUGCAGUAUGCUUUGAAGUGACCUUGUUAGGGUUCGCGUCAUACCAUUGGUAUUUGUGUAGACUUAUGUAGAGUGCCCUUACAGUCACAAAGAUUCUAGGCUGUUUUCUUUCUACUAAUGUAAAAGACACUUUAGUGAUUUGAGGAGACACAAGGCUCCUUGCUGUGUUCUUUGCUUGUUUUUUAUUCUAGUUUCAGAAUUUAUCAAAAAAUUUUCUCUAACUAAAAACAUUUUGAUUUAAUAUAGUAUUGAUGAAAAACUGUGAAUGGUAUUGAUGAAACAUUAGAAGAACUAUAGAACAACUUGUCUGCCAAUCAACAAUUAACUAUACAGCUUAUUAUUAUUGUUAGCUAUGGUGUUUUUUCCAAAUUUAAUAUCAUUUUGCUACUUACUCCUAACUCUCUCUUUCACUGAAAGGUGUAUUCAAGAGCAGUACUACUUGGCACUGGUUUAUUUAAGUUGUUGCACAGAGUCUAAAAUGUACAUUGAAACGAUAAUCCUGAUUCCAGAAUCACCCCCCCCCCCCCUCCCCCUCAGUAUAAGUGCGUAGGCUUCAAGGCUGACUAAGCCCUCUUUAACUAAACAAAUUACCUGGCUAUUUUAUGCGUAUUGUUGAGCUGAAGCUUAAUCUUUAGGCCUUAUAUACUUUUAUCCAGGAACCAUUCCUCUUCCUGAAGGUCGUCGUACGCAGCUAAACAUGGCUCCCGCUAUAGAGUUUUCCACUAAGCUUACCCAACAUUACAGCAGACUUAAGACCAUUUGCAGAAACUGUAUUAGAUUUAUAAGUGUAUGGCUUGUAUUGAAAAACCAGGCAGCAGAAACUACGCGGCAGGUAAGCCAAUGGGACCGGAUAGCAUUCAGGCAAGAGGCCCGUGGACAGCCUUCAGCCUUCGCAUCAAUACUUAAAAGUGUGCUCUUCCUUAUUACGAUUAAAUUCCUUUAAUGUAUUCAACAGUUUCAUGUUUGAAAACUCACUAAUGUAGCACACGAAUGAAACACACGAAUUUAUUCCUACUGUGAUAAGAUUAUUUUUGUAAUAUACGGCAUAUGUUUGAUGCCGUUGGUAAUAGACGAAAAUGAAGGAUAACGCUAGCUAGAGCGGGCCUUACACUGUAGCCGUUGUUGUAUUUUUUCAUGAUCAUAAAAUCGUAGCACUGCUCGGAAACCACGUGGAUUGUUGCAUUCAUCAAGGCUACAUUAUCUGAAUAUUUAACUUUUUGACAGCAAUUUAAUGAAGCUUCCUGCGCCAAGUUUCACUUUCAAAGCUGUGAAGAUUGGUAAUUUUUGUCAAACUUUUUCUUUCCUAUGGUUAGAUUUCUGUCUUAUUUAACAACGAUUCAAUCAAUGGACCUUUUAGCUGUCAACGCACGUCCGUCCGCCAGUAUGAUAUCUUCUUGAUUCGUUGACAAUUAUGAAAUUCUUUCUUUCAUUUUUCAAUCCAUGGGAAUUUUCUUUUGCACCAUCUGCAACAUUCGCAUGUUUUCUCACGUCAAGAAUCUCUGUGACGCCCACCUGUGACGAGCACAUCAGAAAAAGCUUGUUUUGUUGUCGAUGAGAUCCCCUUCUUGGGAAUCCCCCAGGCACUCAAGCAAUCACAGUGUUAGAAUCGAGCUUAAAGGCCAAUGUUGGGAAAUUUAGCCAUCGAUCACUUGAAAAUCCCUGUGUAAAAUCUGUCAAACAUUCUGUUGAUCUGAUCUUAAGAUUUUGUAUCUAAGAAGCUAUCGUGCACAUUUGCUGGAUCUUUCCUUGCUGAAAACUUAGGGAGCUUUAGAUUUACAAAGUUUCAUUUCCAAGUUUUCUAGGGUUGUCCUCUUUCUUUAAGGGAUGUGGUUCGAAUCUUUCCUAACACACAGAAAGCAAUUUUGCCCUCUAAAUGGUAUGCAUUCAAAAGUUAGGAAGGAAACCUGUU